AUGCACUGCCCCUCCCCGGCUGCAUUUCUGGAUGGCUUGCAGUCGGCGGGGGAGCUCAUGGCCUCCUGGCCUGGCACCCCCUGCCUACUCGUCGACAACGUAGCGGCGUUCUUCCACCUUGAGCGCGCAGCCGGUGCGGCAGCGGGCGAGCAGGGGGCCUCCAUGCAUGCUCGUGCGCUGGGCACGCUGCGCGACCUUGCCUGCGCCAAGCAGGCGGUCGUGGUCGCAAGCAAGCUCAGCCUCUUUGGGCCCCAGCAGGACCGCAGUACGAGCGCAGAGGGUGGAGCUCUGGGGCACCGCGAGUUCAUGCCCCGCGCAUGGCAGGACAGCGUCACGCACCGCCUGCUCCUGGCACCCGCGGCCCCGGCCAAGGUCGCCGGCCCUCUCUUUGUUGCCACGUGGGACAUGCCCGCUUGUUCCGGAAGGCACUACUUUGACAUCAGCGACGCGGGCAUCUGCAUGCUGUAA